AUGGCGACUGGCACUCCCUCCAAGGAGGCAAUCGACGAGUUCGUUGCCAUCACGAAUACUUCCAGGUAUGAGGCGGAGUGUUUCCUGAAGGCACAUAAUCUAGAUGCGAACCAAGCCGUCAAUGCCUUCUUCGAGAACCCUACGAGGUGUCAACCAGAGCGGGACUGGCCCAUUACGCCUUUGCUACAACCGGAAGAUUUCACGUAUAAAAAUGCUCAAAAAUCAUUCCACAUUGAACAUGAUAAUAGUACCUUUACGGCGCCGCCCUCGCGCCCGCCGUCCCGGAUUGGCACGAAUACAAGCACAGAAGCAGAACGUGGAGACAGCGACUGUAACAUGACUCUUGAGGAGCAGGAGGACCGUGAGAUGCAACAGGCCGUUGCGGCAUCGCUCGGUCGUGAUUAUGACAGCGAAGGACAACAGAGUGGAACUGUAAGCACCCAUGAGAACCAAGACCAGCAAUUCGGCCCAGUCCCGUCGAAUGAUGCCAGCUCAUGGGCCAUCACACGAUGCAAACCAUCUCCAACCACCGAAGUGUGUGUUAACCCGGAUCCAGAGGGGCGAAAAAGGGAGGACGGCAUGCCAGCUUUUCUCCGCCCUGCGGAAGAUGCGCCUUAUCUUGCCGCCUGCCUCACAAUACUGCAUGAGAUUCCACUAGCGCGAGAAGAACUCAUUGCGAGGCAUCGUAUAGAGGCGGACUAUGGUCAUCAUCCAAACUGGUGGAUUGGAGUAAGGGCUCUAGCAAAGACGUCUCAACCGGAGGAUAGUCGUGUCCUCAUAGAAACCCAGCGUCUAAUGGCAUUUCUAGACGGCACAACCCGUGCCUUUGGGAGUGCUGAUGUCCUUGCGCAUCGCUUGUUGAUCUCAGACGAUGUUCCUGAUGGUCUUUUGGCGGACUUUCUAGCAAAAUGGCAACUGGAGGCCUCUCCACAACAUCUUGAUAAUUCUCGCGACCAUCGUAUAUUUCAAUCGGUAGUCGUCCAAGAAUACAUCAAUUCACGUAUACCUCUAACGAAGAUACCCUUUUCCGUUGCAGAUUUGGGAAAUGACCUUGAGGGUGGUAGCACCCUGUACGACGUCCUAGAUACCAACCUCUGGCCUGAUUGCACCGAUGGUCGGGGAUUUGACGAAGCAUAUAUGGAAAAUGUGGCUCCCAUUUUUAUCAUGCGAAUAUCGACGUGCGAUGAAAGGAAACCUGUCGGGGUCAAGAUUCCAGCCACUUGGUACUCGGAUCGCUAUUUACAGUCGAAUCUUGGAUUUGCUAGAACACUGCGAGAACGCCGACGUGAAGCUAAUGUGAAAAUAAAACGCCUGGAUAAGCUCAUUGAGAAAUAUUCGGCUGGUCAGAUGCCCAAUGGCGAAACAAUUCCGUUCACAUCCCUGCUGGAAAGCACGGCCACAGGAGCUGGAAUAGCGAUGCAAAAAUCUUGUUGCACUGAUGCAUUGGACGAUAUUAUAAUGGCAGAGAAACAGGCACUUAGAACUGAAGCGUCAGAAAAACUAAUCAACGAUUUGAGAGCAAUCGCGGAAAAGGUUGAGAAGAAACUUAGUUUCUUGCACGAGGAGAAGGAACGCGUGAAGAGCGAGUUGCAGAAGUUUUCCAGGCAUUUAACCGUCGAUGACGGGAAGGAUGGUGGUCCAAUUCACAAAUACAAAUUACGUGGCGUGUGCACCCAACGACACAUCUUGUACAUUCUGAAACGGAUUCCGGAGAUAGAGUCGGUGAAAGAAACAUUCCAGGAUUUGACUCCGGAGCAGGAAUGGCAAUGGUGGCGGAUCAGCUACUCUGUGGAUGAUGCAAAGGAAGCUGCUUCGAGACGCUCUAAACACGAGCUGGCACGCUCCGCACGGGAUGGAAGCCACUAUGUUCUUGACUCGUCGAAGGCCAGAGUGAAGUUGCCUGAUAAUACCGAAGUUACUGGUUUCACCAUUACGACGGCCAGAGAAGUGGAGGUUCUCCGGGCAGCAAAGGAGGAGUCUCACACAGCCCUGCUUGUCUAUGCGAAUGAAGAUGCAAUCUGCCAGCAACAGUUUGACUUACCAGCGCCCCUGCAGGCUUUUGUUGAUCAUGAUAACCAAUUGUUUGAGAAUGAAAUCUGUACUUUCAACCAGGCGCUAGAACUGGAAGAGAAAGAAGAUGAUUCGGAAACAGUGGAGAAUAUAGUGCUAGAUCAGAUGGACAUGGAUGGGGUAGUCCAAUCUGAAGGCGACUUCCCGCUCACCCAUCCCGAAGAGCUGGUGGAUACAGUCUCGAACCGCCGGGCUCCCCCUUCUAGUCGAUAUUGCUCGAUUCCAGCCCCGAUCAAAGAGGAAAAUGAGCCUCAGGGAGGAUAG